UUAAUUGAAAUUAUCCCAAAAAUCAAUAAAUUAAGUCCUAGUCCUAGUUGAAAUUGUUUUCGCUAAAUACUACUCGUGGUAAUUGUAGUUGAAUUCAAAUUAAAUUAGUAAUCUAUGGCUUAUUUAAAUUAAAAAAAUCUAGUUUCCACCAAACUUCUAGCAGGCGCACAUACAUGGCAGUGCCAGUCGAGUUCUCUCAGGAUCUCGUCGAAGAAAUUCUUGUAAUGCUCCCUGUCUCGUCUCUGCUACGAUUCAAAUGCGUAUCGAAGCAAUGGUUCCUUCUCCUAUCCAAUCCAAAAUUCAUCCGAAGACACCAACUUAAAACUUCUGUUCAGACUUGCCAGGUUUUCUUCGAAGGAAAUAGGUUUCCUCCUAAAUUCAGUCUCGGCACUUUAAAAAACAAGGGUGAUUAUAUGAAUCUUUUUCAAUUGGUAGAAACAACGAUUGAAGCGCCGCAGUCAGAGGUGUAUUGGGGCUUCCUGGGUCACUGUGACGGCCUCUUGUGUCUGCACUUCGGUUCAGUGGAAACUCGUAGGAGCAGCAUCGUUGUUUGGAAUCCGUUAACAAGGGAAGAGAAGAGAAUUCAGGUGCCAGAAUCUUGUUGGAGUAAAUUUGAAGAGUUUGGGUUCGGUUAUGAUUCCUCCAGUGAUGAUUACAAGGUCGUAGUAGUGACAUAUUGUUCAAGUAGUCCAAUCAAAAUUCAUAGCUUGGGGCUAAACAAGUUUUCAUGGAAAACUACUCAAGGUAGCAUACAGGACUUCUCUAACUGCUCCUCAGAGUUAUCUUCAGUACAUGUCAAUGGCUACCUUUAUUGGGCUAUUGGAUUCGUUCGUCCUGGACCUAAGCACAUAGCAUGUUUUGAUUUGAGCAGAGAUAUAAUGACAGUAGUGGAAACUCUGGGUGGAAAAUCAUUUGAAAAGAGUCAAAUGGAAUUGACUAUUUUGGGAGGGUCCCUUUGUCUGGUAGAGAGUGAAGAUUCGGUUAAGUUUGAUGCCAUCUUCACCCCAUUGACAUGGACGGCCGUUGAUGAGGAUGUGAUCAUUCCCAUCUGUUAUACAAAGCAAGGCAAAGUCUUAAUAUAUGCAACUGAAAGACAAGGUCUUGUUCUAUACAACCCGAAUGAUGGAUCAUUUGACAAGCUUGCCGGUAGCGGCGCCAGUGGCUAUGACAAUGAUCGCCAAAUAACUUGGAUUCCUGUGGCUCCAUAUGUGGAGAGUUUGGUUUCACCGUAAGAAAGCAUAUAUAACAGAUUAAGAUAGAAUGCAGGGAGUAAAGCAUUAUCAAAACAAAAAUGAUUAUGAAACUCUCAAUUCUAAUCAUAUUGCUAGUUAUUAUUAUUGUUGUUAUUAUUUUAUGAUCAGCCUAAUCAUAUUGCUGUUAGUUUAAGUCUUAUGUUUUUUUUUUUCUUUUUUAUACCAAUCUCUUGAUAUCCAAAAUUCACAUUAAACCUCAAUAAAUUUAAAAUAGAAAG